CAGAUUUGAUCAAUAGUAUUUUGUAUAGUGUAUUCACGUGUUCAACGGAGUUAAAUAAUAUUGUUAUUGUCGUUCAUCAUAACUUGCUGACGAUUUUGUAGAAUAUUAAUUUCAUAAAAUGUGUGACGAUGCAAAUUUGCUAUUAUGCUAUAACCGUGGAUGUGCUGUUAAGUUUGAUCCUGAUAAUAACCCAGAAGGUAUAAUAGUAUUAAUUUUAUUAUUAUAUUUGUUAAUAUUAGUUUUGGAUAAUAUUUAGUCAUUAUUUUAUUUACUUUUCGAUUAGUAAUAAUUAUGAUGUAAUUAUUGAUCGUGGUGCUAAAACCUUUCACUAAGUUGGCCAGUAUCCAUUUGUAUCGUUCUCUACUAAGUUUGUUAGUUUUUUAAUUUAAUUUAUUUACAUUCGUGAAUACAUUAAUAUUAAACUAAACAGUAUUAGGUAAUUCUGUAACUUAAACAUUUGAAGUAUAUAUUAAAUACCCCAAUAUUUGUUGUAUUAUCUAUGAUAUUAAUUAUAAAAUUCAAAGUCAAAAUUAAGUUGUAGUUAAAGAAUAAGAGCUAGAUUUAUUAUUCAUAAACAAUUACAUAGGUAUUAAAUAUUAAGAUAACAUCCGUAGAAAAUAUUUUUAAAUUGAUAAUAAUUUGGUUAUAUUGUACAACUAUAGGUAGUUGUUUAUUUCAUCCUGGUGAACCUUUUUUUCACGAUGCUUAUAAAGGAUGGUCGUGCUGUAAAAAGAAAUGUACCGAUUUCACCGAAUUUCUUAAUAUAAAGGUAACUUGCUCAUUUUGAACAUAUUUAUAUAUUUAUACUUCUCAUACAUAUGAAUUUAGGGUUGCACGAAUGGCUGCCACAGUAAUACAAAACCAAAAGAACCUGAAAAGUAUGUGCCAGAUAAGAACACCAUAGACGAAAUCAUUGAGUAUCAAGCUCCGAAACCAAUAUUAUUGCCAAGACCACCGGCUCAUUUACCGUUAAAAAACAUUAUCCCGAAAAUUUCUUCUACUCUUGUACAACAAUUGGCUGCUACUAGUAUUAGCAGUACGAACGGAACUGACUCAAACGAUUCCACUGACAUACCAGUGGGCACUAUGUGUAAAAACAGUGGAUGCAAGCAAGUUUUAUUUGUUUAUUUUUAUCAAUAGUAAUGUCAAAUUGCUCAUAAUAAACUUGGCCAUAUUGUUUUAGGCUUAUGAAGGUGCUGGAUAUAACUAUAAUUUGUGUAAAUUUCAUUCUGGCGUUCCAAUAUUUCAUGAGGGUAUGAAAUAUUGGUCUUGUUGCAAUAAAAAGACAUCAGAUUUUAAUGCGUUUUUAGAACAAGUUGGAUGUACUGAAGGAGAACAUUGUUGGAUCAAAGUAAAAAUGUUUGAUAUUUUGUUAUGUGUUUAGACAAGUUUUUAUUGGUUUUUUUUUUUUUUUUUUAGAAAACUCUGGGACAAGCAAACUGUCGAUUAGAUUGGCAUCAAACUAGACCCUGGGUCGUAAUAUCAAUUUUUGCCAAGAAAUAUGAUCCACAUAAUUCUUUUGUAAAACUGUCUGCUAUUAAAUUGUCUAUUGAACUGUGUUUCCCUACUGAGAAUUCAGUUUUCUCUAAAAACAUGGAAUUAUAUGGGGUAAUUUGUUUUUUGAUUUAUGUGACAUAGCUAAAAUGCUUAAUAUAUAAUU